CGUCAUAUGAUAGCGACGUGGAUGCAUGCUUGAUGUGUGUUGACAUUGAGAUACUGCACUGGACAUGAUGAGUUUUCGGACUGUGUUUGCAACUGGGUAUUUGGUUUCAAGAACAUCUAGGAUGCAUUUAAUAAGAGAGGAGCAAUAAAGUGUAGACCUACAAGAUGCUUGUAGAGACAGAUAAAUGUUCUGUUGCAUUCACCCUACAGAGUUCUCUCUCCUACAACCUGAGCAGGUCAUUUGCUUCCAAGACAGAUGGAGAAAAUAAAAUAACACAAGUUCUGAAGGAUAAGUUUCCACAGGCCACAAAUGUGAGAGUGGUUGAUAUUUCAGGGGGCUGUGGGGCAAUGUACGAAAUCCACAUAGAGUCGGUAGAUUUCAAAGAAAAACGGACAGUACAACAGCAUCAAAUGAUUAAUGAUGCACUACAAGAAGAGAUCAAAUCAAUGCACGGACUAAGGAUAUUUACUUCUGUUCCAAAACACUGAAAUCUGCAAUCUGCUUGUAAUUUAUAUUUUUAGCUUCCUGAUAGAGAUUGUGUCACUUUAAAUGCAAACAAAAUGCAAAUUGUAAACUAAGAAACAUUUGACUUUUGUUUUAAUAUUUAAAAUAUUUACUGGAGAUUUUAACUGAUUUCCUUCAUUCCUCCAAAGAGAAGUCAGAAUAAUGCUCCAAUAAGUAUAACAGACGUUAUUUCCUCCUAAGUGCAGGGACAAGAAUUGAAGUGCCUAAGAGUGAUUGCACGUGGAUACCAUGUUGUAUUUCUGUAGUAAUUUAAAGCAAGUACAGAUUAUGGUUAUUUUUGUAAUUAUUAUGAUUUCAGUUAAGUUGCCACUUCAAAUGUGCUGAAUAUGUUUGUAGAAAGGAAAACAAAGCCAUGUUAUGUAGCAUUGGUUUCAAACCUCAAUAAAAAUUGUCCCCAUCAAAAAAUUA